AUGCCGCAUCUUCUGGUCUUGGUUCCUUUCGGACGUGCAGGUGGAUCCUAUUUCCUUCCUUCUUUUGUUCUGGUUCCCGUGCGUGUAGGAGGUCUUUUUUUAGCGUUGGGUUUGUUAUCAAGGCAAGGGGAGUGUGCUUUUGCGCUCUUUCUACGGCCCGUUAUGCUUUUCCCCGCUCGGCAUGCUUUAACUCUAUCGACAGCAUUUUUGGUGUCCAGACCAGUAGCAGCAGCAGCGUCGGUUAAGGCUCGUUCCGAAAGAGAUAUAUGUGGAGCGGUUCCAGUCCCUCUUUGGAGGGACUUACGCCAGCUUCGGUCAGCAGAGUUACCCUCCACUCAGCCAUGUAAAACACGGUUUCGUAUACCCCUAAUUCUGAAAUUAGUGUGGCUUUUUGGGGCUCCUCGUGGAAAGCUUUGCGGUUAA